CCUCCCCUGAACUGCGGUCACAGUUCCCCGCCCGCGGACACCUCACUCUCGCUCCGCCCGCCCUUCCGCCCACACCACGAGGGUCGCCGAGGGAACACCGCCGCUUGUUGACUAGCGAAUCACUGCCCUGAGUUGACCCGAUUGUCUUCCGGUCAAGCUCUCCCACACGAGGUGACCCGACUGCCUUCCGGUCAAGCUCUUCCUGCCGGAGGAUCAUGCUGAGCAAAUUCCUGUCGCUGUUGGCGUGGGCGGGGCUCUACAGGGUGGGCCUCGAGAUCCUCAAUGCCGAGGCUCCCUUCCCCAGGGGCUCCGUCACGCCCUCGGAAGCCGUGGAUUGGACCUCGAGGUUUAUGCAGCAGCUGUGGACGGCUGGGUGAGCCAGGACGGGCGGCAGGUGGCGUACUCGGCCCUCGAGCAAAGUCCCUUCUACACGAGGAACUUUCCGGAGUUUCGCUCUUUCCUGUUGUCGGUGGACCCGGCGAGGAUGCAGGAGGCGGAAAGGAAGACUUUUUUCAUCAACGUGUACAACCUCCUGACCAUCGACGCCAUCCUCCGCAUGGACUCCCUCCCGCGCAGCACCCUCAGCGUGACGCAGUUCUGGCGGCGUUACGGCUACCAGGUGGGGCCCUACAAGCUCCAUCUGGACGACAUCGAACACGGCAUUCUCAGAGGUAACCGCGCUCACCCGACUUCAGGUGAUGUGAUGUUUGCUUCGGACGAUCCCCGCCGGGUCCUCACGCUCCCAGCUGAUCACCGCAUCCACUCCGUCCUCAACUGCGGCGCUGCGAGCUGCCCGCCCCUGGACUCGUAUUUCGCCUCCGACCUGGACCAGACGCUGGACACCUCCAUGGCCAACCUGUGCCGGGAUGGCGUCACGUCCAUCAAUAAGUCAACUAUCAUCAUCAACUCCAUCUUCGAGUGGUUCAGGAGCGACUUCGGUGCCACGGAACAAGACGCUCUCAGAUUCCUAGCAACUUGCGCCGACGACCCGGCCAGGAGCGCCGCCCUCAAUGCUGCCGCGGAUGGAAAGCGCCGCUACACCUACUAUUACGACUGGUCUCUCAAUAAUGGGACCGUUGCAGACCGCGUGAAAGUGGGCGUCUACUUCGAGUCCAUGUGCUCUGACUCGAUCAGAUUCUUCAAGAACCAGCUCUAUCCUGUGUGGCAAGAACUUCGGGACAUCAUCGACCUUGAGUUCAUCCCCUUCGGCAAGGCCAGGGCAACUCCAACGGGAACGGGCGACUACGAGUUCCAGUGCCAGCAUGGACCCGUCGAGUGCUACGGGAACCGCGUCAUGUCCUGCGCCCAAAACUCCCUCCCAAUUGGCACGCAGGUCGAGUUCUUUCAGUGUAUGAUGACCAAGCCGUCCCCGGCGUUCUCUGGGAUGGAGUGCAGCGAGGAAGUGGGCAUCGCAUGGGCGCCCCUGCAGGAGUGCGCAGAGAGCGUGAAGGGCGCCGCCAUGCUGUACACGAACGGCGUCCGCACUGCCUCGCUCAGGCCGUGGGUGAACUUCAUUCCCACCAUCACCAUCAACGGGAUCUAUGAUAAGCGCCGGCUGAGUGUUUCCCUCAGGGCUUUGAAGAGUCAGAUUUGCGCCAGUUACGAAGGGCCUCCACAUCAGAACUGCUUGUAGAUGACUGGCCCCUGUCCUUCAGGUUCUGAGCCCGUAAAAGGAGCGUCACCUCGUUUUCCUGGGAUAACGUGCAGUGCGAGUGUUUUUCCUUAAAGGAAUAAUAUAAGAAAAAGAAAACAUUUAAGCCUGUAGCAACCUGUGUGGAAAACAUUUACAAUUAAUGGCUUGGUGUAUUUAUAAUUUGAUAUAAUUAUUUUUGUUUCCUCCAUAAGAACGCAAUGAUUUUAUAAAGAUAUUCUUCAAUAUGGUUGCCAUGUACAAUUAUCAUCAUAUUUUAUUUAUCUGGUGUAUCAUUCUCGAAUUUAGAUUUUUUAUUGUAUUUGUUAAAUCAUUGUUGCUGCAAUUAUGCAAAAGGGCAUUUGAUGUUGCAUUGUCUUUAGUGGACUAUUGUAAAAUCGUUAACUGAUAUUUCCAUGGUGUUUUUACAUAAAAAGUAAAGAACCUGCCAAAAGUUGUUA